AUGGGAGAAGGGGCUCAGCGACGAGAAGUCAGCUAUCGAUCUGCGUGCACAGAAUGUGCACGCCGCAAGCAAAGGUGCAACCGUGAGUGGCCAUGCAGCGGAUGUCAGAAACGCAAGGUGGCCGACAAAUGUCGUUUCAAGGACACCAACCAACCGACUGCAGACAGGGUUACCUUGGAUAGACAGAGAAAGACUCGCGGCAACAACAAAAUCGGCGCAGACUCAGGAGACGAACCCGACAUUGAAGGCACAAGAAGCAAUGGUAUCGACACCUUGGGUUAUAUGCCUUCCAAUCUUAUUUUUGAUCUGGCAUCGGAACACGAGACCACAAGGGGUGCAUCACAAGAAUUCGUGAAGGAUCCUAGAAGUUUUCCACAGCUUGAAAGAGCUUUAAGAGUCAUCCCUGCCAGGCCUUUUACCGACACACUUGUCCAAAACUUCCUCAGCAAUGUCAACUACCACUACUACAUCGUCUACCCGCCAUCUUUCAUAGAACAGUAUCAACUGUGGUGGACAUCACGAACCGAGAACCGCCCUCUUAGCGUCCAAUGGACUUGCCUUCUCCUAACAAUUUGCGCAUGUGCCUCGCAGUAUACCGACGUCGAAUUGCAACAGAAUCUUGAGGUUGGCCUUGGUGAUCCGAUACAGCGUAUAAGUGAGCGGUUUCAUGAAGCUGCUCGAGAGCUGGGAAGCGCUAUACCCCUAGGUCAUGGCCACAUUAUCAAUGUUCAGCAACUCCUGCAUUCUUGUUACUGGUUCAAGGCCGAAGCCCGUUUUGUCGAAUGUUGGCAUGUUUUGAACUCUGCUAUUCGAGAGGCCCAAGAACUAUCCAUCCAUCAAGAAGGCAAGGCAGGCCCCAUCUCAGAAUUUGACUUGGAAGUAAGACGGAGAAUCUGGUGCAUUCUGGACACUUGGGACUGGCAGAUUUCGACACUGUUGGGUAGGCCUAUGAUUAUCGAUCGAGCCGACUGCGAUGCUAGCCUUCCAAGUCUCGGCUUGGAAGGAUGCCAAUACCCGCCUCUAUUACACAUGAAGAUGCAAUGCAGCGUAAUACGACAACUUUCUCGAAGAUUCGGCUCGCCGAAAAACGUCACGACCCAUGCAGAUGUCCAGGAAUACCAGGGCAUCAUGGAGACAUGGAUCGCAACCUUUCCACCUCCCUUCAACGUCCAGCAUCCGGAUAGAUCUUCAGACGUUUCGUGUCCCUGGAUGGUCCUUCACAGACAUAUACUGCAUACUGUGGCAUUUUCAAUGCUCUUACAGCCUGUCCGUGGUUUCCUUACAAGACCCUUUGCUAUACGAUCUUUACAGGCGGAGCUGCAAAUACGCAGCGACGGCAUCAACUAUUGUCUGGAGCUGAUGGUAUCUUUGCGUAGAUUCUUCAAAUAUGCCUACCCCCGAGAUGCAAAGUUCCAUUUUGUUCUCUUUUGUAUUUUCGAUAUCUCGACAGUCUUAUGCUCCGCAGUUCUUCAUGAUGAGCAUCACACACUUCCCCGACGAGACGAUGUUUACAAAGCCAUCGAUGAGGCGCAUGCUAUGUUGCAGGAGCUUAGGAUGGUGACUAAAUCAGCCAAGGCAUCAUACGGUAUCCUCACUCGAAUCGUUCAGCGUCUCCCACGGCCAACAACAACAACGCAUAACAUGGCUAGCAAAAGCCCAGUGCCCCCAAGGCCCCAAGCUCCCCCAGAAGUUGCUACAUCACCACAAACACUAUCGCCUGGCAGCGUAUCAAACUCCCAAAAUUCCCCUCCGGCGGCAACUUUCUCACCUUCUCCUGUUAUUAUCCCUACGCCAGGCGCAGUGUCUCCAGUAUAUACCUUGGGAGGUGUUCCUGUCGUGGGUGGUGACUUUGUGCCUCCCACCGCAUACGCUGCUACUGCACCAUGUUCUGACUGGCAGCCACAAUUGUACAUGCAAAACCCAACAGGCUUCGUGCCCGCUGAGGGCCCUGUGUUCGCGAACAUCUCAGACGAGGAGCUGGGAGAAUUGGCCAAUUUGUGGAAUUAUCAGUCUCUUGACUUCAGUUUCAUGAGCACAUAG